GAAGUUAUGUAUUCCCAUCGAACAGGUACUAAUUGCCCUGAGAUAUUAUGCAACGGGGAGUUUUAUGCAAGUGGUUGGAGACACGGUCGGGGUAGAUAAAUCAACUGUCAGCCGCUGCAUCACUAGAGUUUCCACAGUUCUUGCCUCUAAAGCAGGCGAUUUCAUUAAAUGGCCAUCAGAAGACAGAAAGCGUGAAAUUAAAAAUGGAUUUUAUGAAAAUGGUGGAUUUCCUGGAGUUAUAGGAUGCAUUGAUGGCACCCACGCGAGGAUACAGGCCCCUGCACAAGAUGAACCGUCCUUUGUAAACCGCAAAGGAUACCACAGUAUAAACGUUCAGGCUAUAUGUGACCAUGAGGGGCGUUUCACAAAUCUGGUAGCCAGAUGGCCAGGCAGUGUGCAUGAUAGCCACAUCUUAAGAUGCUCGAAAAUUCUGGAACAUCUGGAGUUAACGCAUAAGCGUGUGGAGGAUGGCAUAGUCUUAGGUCAUGUAGGUGAUAGCGGUUAUGGAUGCAAAAGCUUUUUGAUGACACCGUUCAUGAGACCGACAGAGGAUUGCCAUGAAAGGUUUAAUAGAGCACAUACUAAGACCAGAUGUUGUAUUGAAAGGACAUUCGGCUGGUGGAAAAAAAGAUUCAACUGUUUACAUUCUGGAGUACGUGUUCACCCAGAAAAGGCUUGCACUAUGAUUAUGGCAUGUGCAGUGCUCCACAACAUUGCUUUAAACUUCAAGGAACCAAUGGAUGAUGCUGAUGAGGUUGAUGAUGCGUGUAUAGAUAUACCCUUUAGAGGUCCAGAGGAAGGUCGUACUGUACGUGACCACAUUUGCAGAGCAUUCUUUGGUUAA